AGCAUUAGGCAAUUCACUCCAAAUCCUGUGACCUGGGUCUACAUGUAAAACUGCACUUAACUAUUUGUUAAGACACUUUUAAGAGUAUGCAUGUUGUUUAACAUCUUAGUCAUGUAGUCUCUACACUGUCAAACGUUCACCAUCUUUUUUUUUUUUGCCAAAUAAAGUGAUGCAGUGUGUUUUCUAAACCUCUCAUGGGCAAUAUCCAGUGUGGUCAGCCAGAUCACUGUAAUUUAAAGAAAGAUAGGCUUGUGGACAAAAUGUCCUUGUAGGUCCUGAAACAGUUCUACUUUAUCACUAUGUAUAACAGAUUAUUGAAUAGAGCCAGACAAUUUAAUAACCAAACAGAUGUGAGAAAAUUAAUCUGCAUGCACAUGCUCAAGUUGUUUUCUGUUUAUGUUCAAUAUUGUUUGCACCUGUUGAAGGCUUGAAUUAUAAGACCAGGACAGACAUAGCGUUGUGCGAGAUGAUGAGAACAUAUUGCUCGUCAAUUAUAGAGCUGUAUGAUAUCAGUUCAGAAUGAUUUGAGGGGGAAAAACGUGCAAUUAUGCAUUUUAGUAUUUUGUGCAGAUUGAAUUGCAUACUAUAAACUAUAUUAACAAUUUUCACAUAAGGUGCUUUGGAAAACCUGGUCCUGAGCAAAGAAAGUGUUUUUUUUGUUUGUUUGUUUUUUUAUGUGUAUUGUUUGUUCAUGAAACAGGGACAGUUGGGAUGCUGCUGAUAUUAAAUAAACCUAAAGUAUUUAAAUGUAAAUAUCAAAAUGUUCUGACUGUAAGAAGAUAUAUAGUCAUAUUAAGUAAAUAAUAUCUUUAUUAAUAACUACAUUAAGAGAAUAUUUGCUGUAUUAUCUGUUCAUUUGUUUUGCCCAUAUUAACUAAGUGUGAUGAUCAGUUAAAGAGCUUGUGAACUAGUCUGUUAAACUGACUCGUUACCACUUACUGUAUGACGUAUUUCAUUUGCACACGAACACCAUGUGUGAAUUCAUGUCUCAUGACUAUAAACACUGGAAUGUUGGGAACCUACUGUUGUGUAAAUGUAUACAGCCUAUUCUUCUUCUUCUUCCUGGCUAUUUAUUACGAAUGUCUCCCUUUAUAUUUACUGGAUCCUAUAAAUCCAGAGUGCCCAAAAGCACAAUUAAACUUUUGGAAAGUGAAGUGGAUGAUAAUAAAAUAUUGUGCUUAUGAGCAGGUUUAGCUAUCUUUUACCUAUUUAUUUAUUUAAACUAAAAUGAUUACAUUGCAUAUAAGGUGAUUAUUUAAUAUUGUUUGUUUUCUUGUUUAUUUGUUAAAUAGCCUAAUACUGAAAUACAUGAUACAACGUAGUUAUUUAAUAAAACGUUUAAGAUUUUAUCAGUAAAAUUGAGUUUAUAUUUAUAUGUAGCCUAUUUAUUCAUAUCUUUAGACUCUUUAUUUCAUGCUUGUGCGUGUUAGGCCUACAACAAUAGCCUAUAAAAACAGUUAUCGCCAAUCGACUGUGGUGGUCCAGGCAUGUCCGCCCACGUUAACACCUCCAUCAAUUAUGUAAAAGAGACAUUAACGAGGAAUGGGCAUCUACAUCUUCUAUAGCCGGUGUGCUUCAUAUAUAGGCCACAAACUACACGACAGACUCUCAUCGUCGCUUCAGAAUCAGAUGUUCUCAGAGAUGCAGCGAGAGCGCGCGGACAUGCUGGUCAGAAGAAAAUACAAGAGAUACUCCAAACACAAAAUGACCUACCUGGGUCUGAUCGCUUAUGUCAUUCAAAACGCACCUGAGAAGAAAUUAACGUUUUACAAGUUAAUGAAUGAGGUGACGCUGUAUGUGGAUGGCGACAGAAAAGGCCUUGAGAAUAAUAUCAGAGUCUGUUUAUCAUCAAACAACUGCUUUGUAAAGGUGCCUAUAAAUCCAGAAUACCCAAAUGCAAAGCGCAACUUUUGGAAAGUGGAUGAAAGUAAAAUCACCCCAAAGAUACUGCGACGACACUUCAGUGGUUUGCGCGACGUCUUCCCUGACUUUUAUGAAAACAUGGAAAGUUCCUCUGUGAAGAAUGAAACGGAAAACAGGGCGACCUGCAAACGCCCCGAAGCAGAGAAGUUUAGCAGCCCGUUUUCAAUAGAGUCCCUCCUGCAGCGGGAAAGCAGCGCCCCCCUGAGGAACAGACCUGCACUUUGUGCAACUGGGAACCUGGAAAACGCGUUUGUGGGCCUCGCGAAUGGAGACCAUGGUUUGGCUUACAAGAGGAAAACAUGGGACUGGCCCCAUCAGACUUCAUACGCCGAUUUCAGUGGAUCAUAUUCACACUUUUCUUUUCCUACUUACAGUUUGGGCCUGAAUGAAGGCUGCAGUCCCUCCGGUGGAUCUUCCACGAGGAUGCACUCAGUCUCUGAACUGUCCUACUGUACAGCACCUGAGAGCAUUAGGCAAUUCACUCCAAAUCCUGUGACCUGGGUCUACAUGUAAACUGCACUUAACAUACACUUACUUUUCUUAGUGUACAUAUCUUACUGAUUUAUUCUGCAUUGUUGAAAAUAUCUGCCAACUUCUUAUUUUCCAAAUAAAACAUCACAGUUUGUUUUUAAACUUAAGUGUUGGGUGGUGUGGGCGAGCAGAUGACAUUUUCCCCCCCCCAAGUACACUCUUAAAAAUAAAGGUUACAACCUUUUCACAGAGAUGCCAUAGAAGAAUGAGUUUUGGCUCCCCAAAGAAAACACUUCAGUGAACAUUUCUUAAAAAAAAAAAAAAAAAAAUUCUGAGUGUGAAGAACAUUUUAAUAAUCUAAGAACCUGUUUCCACUGUAAAGAACCUUUUGUGGAAUGAAAAGGUUCCAUGGAUAGUAAAGGUUAUUUGUGGAACCAUUGAUGCCAAUAAAGAACCUUUAUUUUUAAGAGUGUAUAGGGUUAAGAUUAAAACCCACUUAAUUAUACAUAUUCCAUUCAGACACAAAGAUUCAAAUGAAUGAUUCAAAUAAAAUUUAUUGACCUCCAGCUUCCAGCAGUCAAUAUGCAUGCAGAUACAGGCUUCAGUCAAAAUGAUUUUUUUUUUUUUUGUCAAAUUUUCCCAACCUUUUCUUACAAAACUGCGUGCACCUUAAAUAAUCAGUUCUGUAGCGUACAAACCACAAAAAUACCAGUUUUACAUUAUCAAAUACUGCACAUAGAAAACAUUUACAAAGCACAAGUAUAAAAUUACAGCUUCCCCAUACAGCUCUCGUUUCCAUUCUGUUAGUCUGAAACAGCAGCGCACUGUCAGCUCAAAUCAUUUUCUAAAGUUUUGGGGGCUACUUUUGCUCUGAUGAAUCUUUGAUCGUGCUCUCUCAAAGUGCAAGACUUAAACUGAAGUGGGUUACAUCAUUUUAAAAGUAGCUACAUCUCUUGUGAAAGUUGAAAACCUGUCUGCAAAGGUGAGCAUGUCUCAACAAUGUCUUGUGCUGUUCACAAUGUCAUGAAUAAUAUGAACAUUUGUAAUAAUUUUACAUUUGACCUACAGGCACACCUAAUAUCUGAUAUCCAUCUUAGUUUUUCAAAUCAAAAUCAAUUGUGAUAGCAAACAGAUUGAAUUAGAUACCAGGUUGUGCUCAAGCCUUUAAACAUCAACACAUACCAGGUAAAGAUGUCAUUCUGUCAUUCAGACACUGUAAAACAAAUAUGUUUUAUAAUACAAUAACAUGAAAUAUUUAAUACGUACAUUCAAGUUAGAGAUACUUCAGUAUCAUUAAUAAUAAUAUCAAAGCAAAACGCUCAAGGCUUUCAGUAACAUGUCUAAGCCUUAUAAUAAUCUCUCAAGUAAGGCAAUAAACAAGCCACCGCCUUUCAUCCAACAAACCACUCUGUAAGAUCAUUCUUUUUACAAAAAUAAGAUAAAAGCUCAAUAUAUCCUCAUUAGUCUUUAUAUCUGUUCACAAACGUAACAAAAACAGUAUUAGGGGUUCAUAAAAAGACUUCACAAGGGUUUAAAAGAUUAAUUCACCCAAAAAACGAAACUUUUCUUAAAAUUUACUCACCCACAGGCCAUCCAAGAUAUAGCUGAGUUUGUUUCUUCAUGGGAACCGUUUUGGAGAAAUUUAGCCUUACAUCGUUUGCUCACCAAUGGAUGCUCUGCAGUGAAUG